CCGUCCUGAUUCAGGACACGGAGCCUCCGCGAUAUUUUGUAUAUUUAUUUUUAUAUAACACACACAAGUUAUGGGCCUUGGAAAACCGCUGGAUGAAGGCUGCGCGCCUCGGCUGUGUUUGGAGGAGCCCUCCACAUGAAACAGCUUUUCACGACGUAGCAGAAACGCUCUUCUCACUGUGAGGAGGCAGCUACAGUGAGUGUGUUAUUAACCAAGAAGCAAGGGAGGCUGAGUUGAGCUGCAGUGUUGUGGACAUUAAAGGAAACAACACUUUGUACAAAGUGAAGUGUGUUUGAAAGAGCAGAGCAGAAGUCAGUCCAUCGUUUCUGCAGGUUGUCUUCCUUUACCAGACUAAAGACUUGUACACAGAGCAGCAGAGACUCUGUCAUGUUUCUCUUCUUGAUGUUGGGACUUCUGGUCUGCUCAGAACCACCAGGUUCCAGUGCUGUGACGCCUCGGUUUGUGCUGAAGGGAGAAAAUGUCACUCUGAAUGUUCGGAAACCUGAUAUUCAAGAAGGAACCAUAUUUGCAUGGAAGUUCAAGAGUAGACACAAUGUAGUGAGAUUAGUUAAUGAUAAAUCAUUUAUCUCUCCAAACUAUGCAAGAAGAGUUGAAUUUUCAUUAGAAGAUUACUCUUUGCUGUUGAAGAAUCUAACAGAAGCUGACAGUGGAGUUUAUUCUGCACUGCUGUCUUGGGACAGAGACCUGAAAGUGGCUGAAUAUGAAGUCACAGUUCAAGAGCGAGUGUCUCCAGUUCACCUGACAGUGAAGCCUGUCUCCUCCAGCUCAGACUCCUGUAACGUCACUGUGACCUGCAGCAGUCAGGACUCUUCCAUCAGCAGCACUUUGACAUGUGACGGAGAAGACUGCUCUCUGGAAGGAGGAGAGAGGUCAGAGGUCACAGCCUCUGCUGCCACCAUCAAAGUCUACCUGCUGAAUGGGUCAGCCAUCUGUAACCAUAGCAACCAGGUCAGCUGGAGAGAGGACAGGAAGGAGAUUGAUCCUCUCUGCUUGCUCAGCUCUGGUCCAGUGAGUCUCCCUGGUACCUGCUAUCUUGUGAGGACGGUCGUGCUCUCUGUCAGUCUGGUCAGCAUGGUAGCUGCUGUGAUCACCGUCAAUCUCAGAGUGCAGGAGUGA